UCGAAAACCUGCAACUGUUCGUGUAAGCCAGAGCAAUAUGAAUCUUUAAGACUACGUUGUCUACAAUCUGGCGAUAACUUUUACUAUGCUGGAAAAAAUAUCUGAAAUGACGCCAAAGAAAAGUUAGUAAAAAAUACAAUAAAGAAGAAAAGACCGACUAUCAACAGCGAUUUAAGGGAUAAAAAGUUUUCAAUACAACAGCAAGUCAGUGAUAAAGAAAUAUUCACACUGGAGGUUCUGGAAUUUUAGACUGCAAAUGGAUGGCAAGAAUUUGCUCAAAUAAACUACAUUACAAGAAAGAACCGAUAUUAUAGAAGGAAAAACACAAAUUAAAUACAAGAGCAACCCGAGUAUGACGAAGGUAUCAAAAGAAAAAGACAAAAACAAAUCUAAAGAACCGGAAAAAGAUGAAGGAAAAACACAAAUUAAAUACAAGAGCAACCCGAGUAUGACGAAGGUAUCAAAAGAAAAAGACAAAAACAAAUCUAAAGAACCGGAAAAAGAUGAAGGAAAGAAUCCUUGCCUGCUAAAGUUUUGCUAUAUAAGACUUUUGUUGAUAAUACAUUGUGUGUUAGCCUGUUGGAGAGUUGUGGUUGCGGAAAACGAUAACCGAUUUUGGUUCCUGUGUUGUUUGAACGUUCUUUUUCUGGUGGAAGGUUUCAAGACCUUCAAUCGGGAGAAACCUGUAAAAAGGUGGCGACCGUGUAUUGCAGUUUACUUGAUAACCAUCCUGCCUUGCGUUUGGCUGCUACAAAUACACCGGUAUAAUGUUGCAGCCGCGUCAAUGGGUGGCGAAGAUAUAACUACCACACAAUCUACAACCGUAGUCUCCACAACAGGAUCUAAUGGUGGUUCGACUACAACGCCAGGAAUAUUGAUGUCUUUCGCCAACACGAUUCUGUCUAAGGAUGAUUCAACAUGGGCCGUUGUAAUUCAAGAGCUCAUGAUCUUUCUAAUCAAGUAUACGAUAUGGUUUCUUAAAACCAAGCCGAAGAAAUUGAAAUUAGCUAGAUUUAUAGCAAAAGCGUCUGACAUUAUGGAACUGUUUGCACUAUUUGAUGAAUCUGCCGUACAGGAGGACUUAACUGUCACCUAUCUUGUUCUUAGUUGUUGGUCGCUGAGCUUCAUCCAGUUUGUUCUCGUCUUACCCAAAAAAGGCAUUGCGAGACGUAUUAUAAAGACACUUUUCCAAGACGGAUCGUUCUUGUACGUGCGUCUGUUUGUAGCGAUAGAUCUUCAGUUAGUCUCGUACAGUUUAGUGUUUUUCUUGAUUAAGAACCUCCUGUCUCUGAUGGAGCAAAUACAUCACGUAAUGGGUGGCUUUUGUAUUCAAUUAAGACAGUAGACGAACAAGCUAACAAGCAAACGUAGUUAUUAUUAUGUUUUAUUUACCAGCUUUACAAUCGUUGUUGAUGGAAAUAAUAUAAGAAUACAAUAUUACAAUAUAAUGCUAGAAUACAAUAUUACAAUAACGCCAAAGUGUAUGUUCUACCUAUAACAUAAUGCUAGAAUACAAUAUAACAAUAACGCCAAAGUGUGUGUUCUACCUAUAACAUAAUGCUAGAAUACAAUAUUACAAUAACGCCAAAGUGUGUGUUCUACCUAUAACAUAAUGCUAGAAUACAAUAUUACAAUAACGCCAAA